UCAAAAAUUAGCGACAACAAAUUUGUGUACAGAUAAUUGCUGAAGUGAAAUAAAAAAGUGCGAAACAUGUCGAAGGUGGACCAAGACGCCAGCGCCUCGACAAGCAUCAUGGAGCAAAUCAAGGUGCUUAUUGAGCCGCCGCCCAAUGAGGACGAGAAGGCCGUGAAGGGUACAAACACCAAGCAUCCGUACUACAGGCGUCCGGGCCGUGGCCACAAUCACGAUUAUUGCGAUGCCUGCGAGGAGGGGGGCAAUCUGUUAUGCUGCGACCGUUGCCCGUCCAGCUUCCACCUGCAGUGCCAUGAUCCGCCGCUCAGCGAAGAGGAUAUACCCAGCGGCCAGUGGCUGUGCCACAGCUGCCGCAUGGUGAAGGUGAUCCAGCCCCGGUCCAAGGCCAAUUCCGUGGAGCGCGUGCCCUCGGGCGGUAGUGGCGGCUCGCGCGGCCACACACCGUCGUCGGGGGACCUGGAAUCGAUACCGCAGAAGAUCCGCAAUCUGCGCAAGCGGAGCAACAGCGAGCGAAACAGCACCGAGAAGCUGCUGGCCAAGAUGCCCCUGGCCAUACAGCGGGCCCUCGACCCAAACAAACGUCCUACGCCGCUGGACGACAUUAUACGCGCUGCCAGCAUGCUCAACCCGCAGCAGUUCUCGCUGCCCCCCGAACUUGAGCUACACACGCAGUUCCCCGGCAACGGCAAGGUGCAGCCCGUCCAGCAGACGCAGCCGCAUGCGGGCAACGGGCGGAGCCGGGUCUCGGGGAAUCAGCGUCGCAACUCGAAGCCGUUCGAGCUAGAUGGCCAGGGACUAGUGCCGUUGCCGGCCAAGACAUGCUUCUACUGCAGCAAAUCGUGCAAGCGGGCGCCGCUCCUUUCCUGCGACUACUGUCCGCUGUUCUACCAUCAGGACUGCCUCGAUCCGCCGAUGACGGCGCUACCGGCGGGCCUCUGGAUGUGCCCGAAUCAUGCCGAGAACUUCAUCGACGCCCACAUGACCACCAGCAUUUCGGCCACAGAGCGUGUGCGUCUAUGGAAUCGCUUCCAUCAGCCGGUUGACCACGAGAGCGUCAAGAUGGAGUUCUUCCGCCGCGUACACACGCGCCAUCCCCCGUUUCGUACCAAAACCACGGUCCGUACACGCGCCCACAUCGAUGUCCCGGCCAGUGUCCGGCACCACUACGAGCAUCCCCCGCCCCUGCUCCCCUCGAUGCGCCAGACGCUGCGCUACGAUGGGGUGAAGCGCCGCAAGAAUCUCCCCAAUUCCGUCGAGGAGAUAUCCAGGGAGACGGUGACUGAGUCACUGCUCAAGGAUUUGGAGGCCCUGCGCUCUGCCCAUGCCAAGUUCCGUGAGAUACAGCGGGAGUACGGCAAUGGCCAGGAUUUGGAGGAUCUGGUCAUCGACAGCGAUAGCGACAAUAGUCCAGAGGCAGAGCCAGAUGCGAGUACGGCAGCGGGAGACGCAGCAGAAAAGCAGGAGAAUGGCACGGCUCCCAUGGAGCAGGAAGCAGGAGAGCCAAAAGUUGAGCCUUCGGCAACGGCCAUCAAAAUCGAGGAGAAGGCGGAGAAUCCAUUUUUGGACAUGAGCUUCGACGAGGAGGAGGAGUCGGACAGCAAGUUGGCGAUCAUCGACGCGGAUCUGCGCCACCUGGACGUGGACAUCAUCAAAAAACUGGCCCACCAGCGCCUCCAGCAGCUCGUCCAGGAGCAUCCGGAGAUUGUAACACAGUACAAGAAUCGCACGGCCGCCCGUCGUUUGCGUCAACUAACGGUUCAGCAACAGCCGACGACCCCUUGUGCCGCUUUGCAGGGCGACCUGGCCCCGGAGGACAUGAAUCGCUUCUCUCUGCUGUUCACCAGCGAAACGUCAUCGAUUCUGGCCCAGAAGAACGGUAAUGCCGCCGACGAGGAUCCCAUGAUGGCUCUCCACCCGGCCCUGGCCACCGCCGCGGCCAUCGCGGCCGCCGAUGCCGCCGCCGAGAGCUAUGAGCCGCGCGUGCGCACCGAUGCGGAGAAGGCCUACGAGCUGGCCUCUCGCCUCGAACUGAAACUGCUCCACUGCAAGGUGCGCGCCCGUGGUGUGCUCACGCCCCUGGGCGAUAUGCUCGAGGACAGCCGCUGGUUCAGCAACCUGGGGCUGGAGCAGUCGAUCUUUAUGCGCUACCGCACCCUCUAUGUGGGCUAUGGGGGUCAUUUCACGCCCUCGACAUCGAUGUGCCACACCGAGACCGUUGAUCUCUCCGCCAUCGGCUACUGCAGCCGUAUCUCGCCCCAGCACGCCAUCAUCUUCUACGACGAGUUCUCCAAGUCCUUCGAGCUGAUCAAUUACUCCGAGUUCGGAACAGAGGUCAAUGGCCAGCUGUACACGUGCGAUCUAUCUGAGAAUGGACGCACAAAGGCCGCCAAGCGCAUGCGCCCAGACGAUGCCGAUCUGAAGCGCCGCGUUGACGAGAUCCUGGACAAGCGUCGCCACAUCGAGCGCCAGUACGAGCCAAAGAAGUCGGGCGAGGAAAGACUGGUGGGCAUUGUGAAGCCUGCCUGCCGCUGCCAGGCGACGGGGGAGCCAGUUCCCAUGGUGCCGGGGGCCUGGGAGGGUGCCGCUGUGCUCGCCCACGGCACUCUGUUGCGCUUCGGCUGCCUCGCGUUUGUCUUCUCAGUGCCCUCGAAGGAUCUGCUGCAGGCCCAGGCACGCGCCAAUCGUCAGACGUAGGACAAAAUGCAUUGUAGCCAAGGACCCCAGGGACCCCAGGGACCCCAGAGAUGCCCCCUUCCCUACCCAGAAAAUCUCAGUGAGAGCAGCUAGCAGACUUUUCCCCAUCCAUCCAUUAUCCCUCAUCCUAGAAUUAAGUGCCAAGUGCAUUCAACAGUUAAACUUCACACAAAACUAAUGGAGGUGCCACGGAGGAUCACUGUCGUAAUUUUUUUGUGUCAUUGUAGUAGAAGAACCCCACAUCCCAGCCCCUCAAAGCCCACACUCAAACACACACAAAUGUAUAAAUGAAGAAUAAAGUCUAAGAAGAAAUACGA